UUUUUAGUAUAAAUAGCCAAACAAAUAAAAAAAAAGGGAACGAUAACCCCCUCUUUUUUUUCUAUUUUUCUUUCGUUCUCUCUCUCUCUAUCUCUCUACUUCUUACAAUAAAAAUGCUAGGUCCUUCACCUGUAGUCAAAAAACAACCAGAAGCUCAUAGUCCUGUCCAAUCACUUGUAGAUAUGGUUAAAGAAAACAUGAGUCCCGAUGAUCUUCUCAAGAGUUUCAAGGCCAUCACUGACAACAUUAAAAAGACAGAGCGUGCUGGUCCUGCUGCUUCCUCUGCGGCUGCUCCUACCCUCAAAUCCUCCAGCAAAAAAACAGAUGCUGUUGCUCCCAGUCCAUCCAGUCAACCUACCGGCUCCAAAUGGUCCAUCGAUGCACUUUCCAAGAACAUUCGUUCUGCUUUUAACAUCAACCCUACCACAACCGGUGCCAUCAAGGAUAUCAUUGGUUUACCCAUCAAGCAUCAACUCACCUUAUUAAACGCCAUUUCUGAAAGAUUGCUGAGUAAAAAUGCACCCCAAAAUGACCGUAACAACACUUUUGAAUCUGUCAUGAAUAUUUUGGGUAAUUUGGGACCUGAAGAUAGUGAUUUGAUUUAUUUGGUUACUCAGCCAUUGAUUGCCAAUUUCUACGAUGAUAUUCCUAAGCCUUACAAUAACUAUGUGGGUAAUCAAUUCCGUACUGCUGAUGGUAGUUUUAACAGUCUCAUCUACCCUGAAGUGGGUAAAGCAGGAUCUACGUAUACACGUUCAGUCACCAGUGUAUCAGAGAACAAUACCAACCUUCCUUCACCCAAAGUAGUAUUUGAUCGAUUAUUAAAACGUCCCGAUGGUCAAUUCACACCCAACAAGGGUGGAAUUAAUAUGAUGUUGCUGUAUUUAGCGAUUAUUAUCACGCAUGAUUUGUUUUACACUGAUUCCAAAGAUCCUACUCGUAAUUUAACCACCAGUUAUCUCGACCUGUCUUCAUUGUAUGGUUACAAUCGUGCAGAUCAAGAAUCCGUUCGACAAAUGAAGGAUGGUUUAUUAAAGAAUGAUCAAUGGUUUGAUAAGCGACUUGUGAUCCAACCUGCCGGUGUCGCGGGUCUGAUCAUCAUUUUCUCACGUAACCACAAUUACAUUGCUAAAAAGCUUUUGGAGAUCAAUGAAAAUGAGCGUUUCUCGUACGGUCCUGGUAAGCGUCUGGCUACGGUGGAAGAACAAGAUGAAAAAUUAUUCCAGACGGCUCGUUUGAUUAACAAUGGAUGUUACGCCAAUAUUAUCAUUCAUGAUUAUAUUCGUACCAUUAUCGGUACCAGUGCUGAUUCUGAUUUUGUCUUGGACCCAUUUGCCACGCCCAGCAAUCCCAUCUAUGGUAACGCCGUAUCGAUCGAAUUCAACGCCAUCUAUCGUUGGCAUGCAGGUAUCGGUCAGGAGGAUUCAGCUUGGAUUGCACAGGUCAUGGAUCUCUUGACGGCUCAGAUGAAAUCCAGUCGUGCUCAGGAGCGUCAUCCUGGUCUCGAUCGUUCAUUGAUUAACAAGACAGCACAAAACGAAAGUAUCUUUGAUCAAUUACUCGUGGGGUUCAAUGAGCAUUUCGUACAUGCCUCACCUGAAGAAUUAGCUAUGGGUUUGCCAGUAGCUUCCAGUCAUCGUGAUUUGGAGACAGGUAGUUUCCCUGAUGCGGAUAUCAUUCGUGUCCUGCGUGCUGGUUUCACUCAACCAGCCUCUGAAAUUGGUAAUGGUCAGAAUACCCCAGCUGCGUUGGAGCAUGUGGAGAUUGCAGGAAUCCAGCAAGCGCGUAUUCUAGACACGUGCUACUUUAACGAUUUCCGUAAGUUCUUGCACUUGACGACGUUAGAUACGUUUGAAGAUUUUUCAGAAAAGGUGGAGGUGCAAGAAGCGCUCAAGGAAUUAUACGGAAGCCCGGAUAAAGUGGAGCUGUAUGCUGGAUUGAUGGUGGAGCGCACUAAACAAACUGGGUUAAGACUCCCGUACACAAUGGGACGUGCUAUUUUAAGCGAUGCUGUCAACUUGCUACGUAACGACCGUAUUCUAACCAAGGAAAUGACACCCGCUAGUUUGACAAAUUGGGGCUACCAAUACACGCUGGGAGACCCUAAAUCGAACAACCGUAUUUUCCCUUCUUUACUCACUAACCUCUUUCCAGAUGUUACAUCAGAGUCCGGUGGUGGGUUCACAGCGGAUGAAUUAAGAACGUUAUUUAAUACGCCCAAAUAAAUAAAAAAUAAAAAUGGGUGGGAAUUAAAAAGAACCAUGCAGAAAAAGAAACCCAGGGAGUAAUGUUACACAAGAGGACUGACGGUUUAUUGUUGGUAAAUUACAACAAAAUGUUGUCAUGCUUCACUUGA